AUGUCGACUCCCGGGGGAUCGGCAGGGCCCAGCAGGCGCUCGCAGCGGUCGAUCCAUCGUGGGGCAGGAGGGCCCUCUAUCUAUACCAGCCAGCUGAUCCGAUACAACGUGACUGACGUCAGGGGUCAGCCGGUCAGCGAUAGAGAGUUACUGAGGAGCGGCACCAGCGCCCUAGCGCCCAGCGGCGGCAGCAGGAAGCGGCCUUACCUCGGCAGCAGCGCCGCACGACAGCAACUUGGCUCCAGGCCACCCCGCCUGACAGGCGGCAACGGCGCUGGCCGGCGCACAGCGGUGGCUGGUACCGCGGCGGCAGCACCACCCAACGGCCGUGUUCGCGGCGGCCCUGCUGCAGCGGCGACCCACAGCAGCGAUACCAUCAGCGUUGAGACCGCAUCCAGCUUCAGCAGUGGCGCAACCAGCAGCCCCAGCAGGGGCAGCACGGGCACCGAAUCCGAGCCUGCGCCUGCCCUGGUCCCGACGCCCCUCUCAGCCAGCGAGCCGGCAGCAGCAGGCGUGGGGCAGGGACUGGCGGAGCAGCCAGCGCAGCGCCUGGAGCAGGCGCUGCGGCCCGGCCCGGAGCACGGCGCAGAUGAGGGUCUUCAGGAUGACUCGUUCCUUCCCCCAUGGGACGCGAAUGAGCCGUCCCUGGGCAGCGGCGGCGCCCAGCUGGCUGCCGCCAGCGGCCAUUCAUCUGGAUGCGUGGAGGGCGGGGACGGGCCUGCCGGUGAGGAAACCAGCGCACGCAGCGGCGGGAGCGGCGCCACCAGCGGCAGCUGCGGCUCGGGACCAGCAAGGUCCAGGGGACGGCGUGCGGCGGUGCGGCGCAGCGGCCAGCGGCGCGGCCUCGGCGCCGCGUCACAAGCUGCGGCUGGGCAGGCGGGGGCCUCUGCUGAGGAUGAGGAGGAGGAGGGUGACGACUCUGAUCCGCUGGUCAAUCAACGGGACUGGAAGCUGGAAGCGUUUGGGGAGGACACCAGCAGCCAGGGGCGCAUCAUCCGGGAGCAGCUGCGGCGAGUGGGCCACAGGGGCAUGCUCAUGUGGCGGUCUGUGAAGUUUUUGGAGAGCCCAGACGACUCCACACGCUUUGUCACCUACAGGUACUGCCCAGAUGUACCGACGGAAUCCUAUGACGGCACUCCCGCCUGGUUCCCCGCCACCCCACACCCACCACGGCCUUCGUAUACACCCGCCGCCGGCCUGCUGUGCAGCGUGGGGGACAGUGUGGUGCUGCCCUGGGAGCGGGAGCACGAUCGGCGCGAGCCAGUGGCCCCUGCUGUCAUCCUGGCCUUUGUGCAGCGGGCGGAUGGGUUGGUGGUGACGGCGCUGCGCUGGGCCGACUUCUGGGAAGAUAUUGUGGGCAAGCCGGAUGAUCCGGUGCCCAUCCCAGACGACGAGGCGCUGCGCGGCCAGAACCGCAUCUUCAUCCACAAGGUGGACCUUGCAAACCCGGACCAUCUGCGCUUCAUGUACAAUGAAGGCACGCCUGCGUACAUCAUCCAAGGCCACUGCAAGAUGAUGCACAGGGCUGAUGUGGAAGAGGCGUAUGGCAGCGUUGAGGAGUAUGAAAAGCAGGAGGAUGUGUGGGUGCCGCUAGCAGGCAGCCUGGGCCAGCACGCUAUUGAAAUAGCUGCCCUGCAUUCAUCUACCUCUGAAGCCGAUGAGUUGGGGAUGGUGGACGUGUUUGGCGGCGCGGGCUGCGUGUCCCUGGGCUUCAAGAAGGCCGGGUUCCAGUGGGUGUUUGGCGUUGAGCAAGACAAGGAUGCAUUCACAGCCUACUCCCGCAACUUGUAUGAAGACUGCUAUAGGGAGCAGCCUGGCUCGGUGGCCUUCAGGCCGCAGCCACUGGCAGAGCGACGGGUGCACCACCAGGCGCUGACCACCGUGCGCCCUGCCGCGGAGCUGUCCUUGCAGGCGCUGGCAGACACCAAGGCGGGCAAGCCGGGCUACCCAAGGCCCGGCCAAGUGGCGCACCUCCACUUCUCGCCGCCCUGCCAGGAUCUUAGCUCGAUCAACAAGAAACCCACCCUGGAGGACGUGAAAUUGAAGGUCCUGGCCAUUGCUGACCAGUACUUCCGAGCCGUUUUCCGCGUGGCGGGCCCAGGCACCGACAAGGUGACGGUCAGGCCGUGGCUGCGGGUUUGUGCAGGCCUCCUUCGGAUGGGCUACCAGGUGGACUGGCGCUUGCUGCUGGCAACCAACUUUGGAGCAGCCAACCACCGCCUGCGCUGCUGGAUGCUGGCUGCACAGUCGGGCUACGAGCUGCCGCAGCCGCCAGUGCCCCGCUACUUCACACAUGCCGACAAAGUGUGCUACGCCCGCUUGCCUGGAUACGACGACCGCAUGUUGGACUCGCUGGGGGACAAGGACGAGGGCGGCUGGAAGUCCCUGCUCGUCAUUGCGCAGGCACGACGCUGCCGCAUGCAGUCCAUCCAGCCUGAGUCGCUGCCGGCGGCGGUGACGGUGGAGGAGGCGAUUGGCGACCUGCCAGCGCUGGUCGGCCUGGGCGGCGGGCGGGGCUGGGGCGACAUGCGGUAUCCCGACCCCUCCGGCAAGCCGUACCCUUGGAAGGAUGCGGCACCCACUGUGUGCAGCAAGGACAAUGCCGCGCUCUGCCCCUGCAUUCACCCCAAAGAGCAACGCGUGCUGUCAGUACAAGAAAAAAUGCGGUUGCAGGGCAUCCCCGAUAGCUUCCACCUGGCAAGCUACCUCAGCAAGCAGUACCUCCAAGUCGGCAAUGCGGUGCCUGUGCCAAUGGCUGUCGAGAUUGCGUCUGUAUGCUUCAAGGCGCUAACGGGGCAGGAUCCACCCUACCAGCUGCCCCUGCUCAAGGGAUUUGUAGGCGGGGUGCCGAACCCGGAGCGCGCUGCGCCGCAGCGGGUGCAGCAGGCUCAGCAGGCGCAGCAGGCGCAGCAGCAGGAGGACGAGGCCGAUGCGGCAGCAGGGGCAAGUCCAGGCCCGGGAUCGAGGCAGGAUGCGCAGCAGCAGGCGGCAGGUGCCCGCCUGGCUGCGGCAGCAGGGCGCAACCGCACCAUUGAGCAGGGGACAGCUGGAAAGCGACGCAAGCGGCACCAGCCCGCCAAUGCUGCUGCUGUCGCUGCGGUAGAGCGCAAGGAGAGGGCAGAAGAGGCUGCCGCAAAGACGCAACGGCAGGAGCGCGAGCUGCGUCACCUGCGGCGGCGGCAGGGGCUGCCAGGUGGCGGCCAGCAGCAGGGGCAGCAGCAGCAAUCUGUCCAAGUGGUUAUUGACCUGCUCUCCGACAGCGAGGAGGAGGAGCAGGGCAGCAAGGGGCAGCUGCUGGAGGUGGGAAGCAGCGAGGAGCGGCAAGAGGAGCGCGCGGACAGCGAGGAGGAGGGAGAUAGCCAGCAGGGCAGCGAGGAGGGCGGCACUCCCACCCUGCUUCCUCAGGAGCAGCAGCCACCGGAGCAGCAGCAGGAGGCAGAUGGGAAGGAAAGGGAGGAAAAGGGGGGAGAGCAGCAGCAGCCAAAGCAGCAGCCAGAGCCACAGCCGCUGCACGCGGAGCAGCGGCGCCAGCCCGCCCCAUGCCAGGGCCGGCAGCAGCAGGCGGAGCGGGAGGAGCCGCAGCCGCUGGUUCCGCUCGCCGCGGCCCAUGUGAAAGCUGAGCCUGUGGAGCAGGCGCCGCAGCAGCGGGUCUCCUCAUCCGACAGCGUCAUUGACUUGGUCUCCAGCGAGGAGGAGGAGGAGGAGGAGGAGCGGCAGCAGCUGCAUCAGGGGCGCCUGUCACCAGGCAGCAGCAUCACUGCCGUGAGCUCGGCUGCAGCAGGCGUCAGAGCCAGUAGGCGCAGUGCUGGGGUGCACCGGCCGGGCGCACCGGCUGCGCUGCGGGGUGGAGUGCCUGCUGCUGACGCCGCGGCUGGCCACCUGGCAGCGGCGGCGGCAGCCAAGCUGGCAGCGGCGGCCGAGGCCGUGGCUCGCGUCAGAGAACACUUUGGCAGCAGGGCAGCCAGCCCCGCCCAUUGGGGCCCAGUGCAGCCUGCCUAG